CAGCGGUCUCGUCGCGUCAUCGUCAUGCGCUUCGCUCGUGGCUUAAAAUAGGUCAGUGGUUGUGCGAGUGGACUUCCUUCUGUAGAUGGAACGAAAAACAUGACACACAGCUUGCCGUGUGAAGUAUUCCUGUUCAAAACGCUUAUUUGUGUAUCCACUGUUAAACAUCUAAUACAGAUUCCUAUUGGAUGACGUAAGUAACAAGGAUGGAAGGCACGGGUAAUCCAUCCAUUCAAACCUGCGAUCGGAGCGACACCGUAAACACGGAAACAAGUGAUCCCGACGAGGAAAAUAUACGCCUCAUUGGAGGUUCAAAAGAACACGAAACGUCAGGCUGCUUAUCGGGUCUACGGUCACGCAUCAGAGGAUUGUCCACAAACGCCAAGAGUAUAAUUCUUGCUAUAUUUGCUUUACUUGGUCAUCUGGUCACAUCGUUGGUGUUGCCUGUGUGGUCGUCGACAUUCACUGCAAUCGGAAGUGAUGCAUUUGUCGGACAGUUGGUUGAUACAGUCUGGGAGCUUCUGAUUUUAUCUUCAGUGUACCUGGCUUGGAAGGUCUUCUUCGACAGGGAGCUGCCUUUGAGGCCAACUGCCACUUUCAAAUCUUUGGUAAUAUAUGGGAUCUCAAAUGCUUUGACUGGAGUCUUCAUCGUCUUUGCCAGCCUUCCAGAAAGAACCCCUCCGUAUUUGCAGUCAAUCAUCGGUUCCUCUCUUAUACCUUUUACAGUCAUUUGUAGAUACAUCAUGCUGAGGAAAGGUGUGAGCCUUAGAAGAGCUGUUUGUAUAAUAAUCGCAAUGAUAGGUCUCUUUAUCACGAUGGAGCCUCGUAUCUGGGGCUUGAAGGGAAGUAGCGGAACCGGAAGUAGCACAGGAAGUGCCACAGUGGUAUCCGCUGUUGGACGAAUUCUUUGGCCCCUUUCAUUUUGCUUUGGAUUCGUCCCUGACGCAGUUAACAGAGUCAUUACAGAACAACAACUGAAACGUCCACAAAUCAACACCGUCAAUUUUCUCGUCUAUGCUCAGCUGUCUGCUUUAGUGUCGGUCAUACUUCUCUUCUGGGCAGAUCUAAUUCCAGGGUUUGGAAAGGCCGACUCGGUCCAAGAUCUGCUGAGUCGAAUAUCUCUGGGAAUGCGCUGUAGUGUCUCCGCGGACGCAUCCUGCCAAAACCUGUCAUUGAAAGUAUGGAUGAUGAUUACCGCUCACUGCGUUGGAUACCUGUUUCACUUUCUGCUGAUCAAGCAUGCAGAGGGAGCAAUCCUGGCCUCGUUAGUUCAAGCUAUGAGAACCCCCAUCGCAUCUAUAUUCUGGACGCUGUAUCAUUACAACGAGGAGUUAGAUGUCUUGUACUGGUCCCCGGAAUUCAACAUCACUACAUGCUUUCUAAUAGGAGGACUUUUUAUUGUGGUGCCAGCUAUGCUUGUUUAUAACGUCUUUAGCAAUGAAGAAAUCCAAAGUGUUUAUAUGAGAGAACGAGAGCUGCAUGUACCGGACAAAGAAAACAUCAACUCAUAGCUAGGAAAAGAUAAGCAGGAGGAUUGUAUGGAGUUCGGAUACAACAGAACUCGGUCAAUAUAUCUGACAUUGCACAUAAAACCACAUCUUCCCGAGCAAGCGUGUCCACUUCUUUCUACCCAUGCCACAUCAAGGCCAUUUUUCUUGGCUCGACCCUGGCGACGCCUGGCGCAAAUCACGAGUUGUGCCCCUUGUUAUGAAAACGCGAUAUCCAAUCAGAUCGCUGUUCUUAUCUUGUAUAGCUUCACAAAGAUGCCGACUACCAUAGGCGACGACCAUGUCGAUCAGAUAAUGAAAACAUUCGCGAGUUCAUCCCAGACACAACAACAUAGGCAAUCGUUGUUAAAAGAUAAAAAAAAGACAUAUUCGUGUCAACAAAGACAGCCACUGGUAAAUCACUUUCAUACAAAAGUGUACCUGUCGUGAAUCAUAUUUAGCACCGGAACGUGGGCUUGAUGAGGCAAGGAUGGAAGGGUGGAAACAAGACAAGGCCAGUUGACAGUAUAAACAUGUUGAUACAC